CCGCUCCGCCGCGUGACAGCUGGCUUCGGUUCGGGUCUCCAUGACAACAGAAUCAGCGGAGUGAGUAACUUUUAACCAACGAACACUAACACGCCGAGAUGUUAAUCAGGGAUCAAACUAACGGACCGGAGCGUCUGAACCUCGCAGCGGCAGAGCUCGGCUUCAGUGUGAACGGGACUCCGAUGGACUGAAGCGGGUCUGAGGGGAAGUAUAAAUGGCUUUGACGGCGUUUGUGAGCAUGGAGCCGUGUGACGGGCGUUUGGAGAAGCAGGCCCUGCAGGUGCGUCUGUACCGAGACGAGGCGAGCGCGCUGACCUAUCCGGCCGGAGAAUACGUGACCGAAGAGCUCUGCAUCAGCGCCGCCAAGGAGUGCGGUGUCAGUCCCCCGUACUGCAGUCUGUUUGGACUCAUGAGAGAGCGAGACCGCGUGUGGCUUCCGCCCAAUUACAUCCUCAAGAUCGAGGCCUCGGCCAAUGAGACGCUGUUGUUCCGGAUCAGGUUUUAUUUUCCAGGCUGGUACGGCAGCGGCUCGAACUCGGCCCGCAGGUACGGCGUCUCCAAGAGUUCAGAGGCACCUGUGCUCGAUGACAUCACUGCGGCGUACCUGUUUGCUCAGUGGAGGUCAGAUUUUCUGAGCGGCGCGGUCAGCGUUCCCAUCAGCCUGGAGUUUCAGGAAGAGUGCUUGGGAUUGGCUGUUCUUGAUAUGAUGCGUCUGGCCAAAGAAAAAGCCAAGUCACCCGUUGACAUCUACAACCACAACAGCUAUAAGUCGUUCCUUCCGAAGAACAUGCAAGCGCACAUCCAGAACCAGCACUUUGUGACCCGGAAGAGGAUCCGCUUCCGCUUCAGGAAGUUCAUCCAGCAGUUCAGCGCGUGUAAAGCCACGCCGCGAGACCUGAAGCUGAAGUACGUGGUCAGUCUGGAGACGCUGCAGGCGGCCUUCUACACCGAGCAGUUCCACGUCAGCGACGCGUCCGCAGGAGACGUCUGCAUCAUCAUCAGCGGGAGCCGCGGGAUCCGCUGGAGCCGAGCCAAAGAGGCCAGAGACCGAGAGGAUCCGCAGGUUUACUGUGAUUUCUCAGACGUCAUCGACAUCAGUGUAAAGCAGGGCACUAAAGACGGGUCAGUGGAGAACCGGAUCGUCUCCAUCAACAGACGGGACGGUCAGACGCUGGAGCUGGAGUUUCAUUCUCUGAGCGAGGCGCUGUCCUUCGUCUCUCUGAUCGACGGCUACUACAGACUGACCACAGACGCUCAUCACUACCUGUGUAAGGAGGUGGCGCCCCCUAGACUGCUGGAGGCCAUUCAGAUCAGCUGCCAUGGGCCAGUGUCGACGGAGUUCGCCAUCAGCCGCUUGCGCCGAUGUGAAAACCACAGGGGUGUUUAUAUCCUGAGGUGCAGCCCAAAAGAUUACGACCGGUACUUCCUGUCCUUCGUGGUUGAGUCCGAGGGUCAGCUGGAGUUCAAGCACUGUCUGGUGGUUCGCUCGCUCUCGGGAGAGUUUGUGCUGAACGGAGCUAAAUGCAGCUUCAGCAGUCUGGGUGAACUACUGCAGCACUACCAGAAGGAGGCGCUGCGCUCCGACACGCACGUGUUCCAGUUCAGCCGCCGCUGUCCGCCGCGCAACAAAGAUAAAUCCAAUCUGCUGGUGUGCAGGACCAGCCUAACCUCGGACGCGUGUCUCUCACCGUCUGAACUCAAACACGUCAACCAGAUGAUCUUCCACAAGAUCCAUAAAGAAGACCUGGAGACGAGGGAGAGUUUGGGUCAGGGAACGUUCACGCAGGUCUUCCGCGGCGUCCGGAGAGAGUGCGGCGAUUACGGAGAGAUCCACAAGAUGGACGUGGUGCUCAAAGUCCUGGAUAAAACCCACCGCAACUACACUGAGUCCUUCUUCGAGUCGGCGAGCAUGAUGAGCCAGCUAUCCCACAAACACCUGCUGCUCAACUACGGCGUCUGUGUGUGCACUGAUGAACACAUCAUGGUGCAGGAGUAUGUGCGCUUCGGCUCUCUGGACACGUACCUGAAGCGAAACCGCAACACCAUCAACAUCACCUGGAAGCUGGAGGUGGCUAAGCAGCUAGCAUGGGCGCUACAUCACCUGGAGGAGAAGAACCUGAUCCACGGAAACGUCUGCGCCAGGAACGUUCUGGUGACCCGAGAAGAAGACCGAAAGACAGGAACGCUUCCCUUCAUCAAGCUCAGUGACCCGGGGAUCAGCAUCACCGUCCAGCACAGAGAACUUCUGGUGGACCGGAUCCCGUGGGUUCCUCCCGAGUGCGUGAAGGACAGCAAGAACCUGAGUUUGGCAGCAGAUAAGUGGAGCUUCGGCACCACGCUGUGGGAGAUCUACUGCAGCGGAGAACAUCCGCUCGCCGCCUACGACGUGUCUAAGAAGCUGCUGUUCUACGAAGACAAGCACCAGCUUCCAGCUCCGAAGUGGACUGAACUGGCCAGCGUGAUCAACAGCUGCAUGGAGUACGAGCCGCUGCAGCGACCCUCGUUCAGAGCCGUCAUCCGAGACCUCAACAGCCUCUUCACGCCAGACUACGAGCUGCUGGUGGAGAGCGACACGGUUCCCAGCAGGCAUCGGGCCCUCGGCCUCGCCGGAGCGUUUGAGAACCAGGAACCCACUCAGUUUGAGGCCAGACACCUGAUCUUCCUCCAGCUGCUGGGGAAGGGGAACUUCGGCAGCGUGGAGAAGUGCCGCUACGAUCCGCUGCAGGACAACACGGGUGAAGUGGUCGCGGUCAAGAAGCUGCAGCACAGCACGGCCGAACACCUGCGAGACUUCGAGCGAGAAAUCGAGAUCCUGCGCUCGCUGCAGCACGAGAACAUCGUCAAAUACAAGGGAGUGUGUUACAGCGCCGGUCGUAGGAACUUGCGGCUGGUCAUGGAGUUUUUGCCGUUUGGUAGUUUGAGAGAUUAUCUUUCUAAAAACAAGGAGCGUUUCGACCACACGAAGCUGCUGCUGUACACGUCUCAGAUCUGUAAGGGGAUGGACUACCUGGCGUCCAGGCGCUACGUCCAUCGAGAUCUGGCCACCAGGAACAUUCUGGUGGAGAGCGAGUUUCGCGUGAAGAUCGGAGACUUCGGCCUGACUAAAGUUCUUCCUCAGGAUAAGGAGUAUUACACCGUCCGCGAGCCGGGCGAGAGCCCCAUAUUCUGGUACGCGCCGGAGUCUCUGACCGAGAGUAAGUUCAGCGUGGCGUCGGACGUCUGGAGCUUCGGAGUCGUUCUCUACGAACUCUUUACAUACAGUGACAAAAGCUGCAGUCCUCCAGCUGUGUUUAUGGAGCAGAUGGGCGAGGACAAGCAGGGUCAGAUGAUCGUUUAUCACCUGAUCGAUCUGCUGAAGCGGAGCUACCGUCUGCCGGCUCCUGACGGCUGUCCAGCCGAGGUUCAGCUGCUGAUGAGGGAGUGCUGGGCGGCGGAGCCGGGCGAUCGGCCCUCGUUCAGAGAUCUCACGGAGAGAGUCGGCUCCAUCCAGGACAGCAAGAUCGUCUGACACGAACACGCUGAGCGACCUCCAGGAACAACGGAAAGGCUUUACGUAAAUUCUGGGAAUUCUGGGAUGCCGUCUGUUCUUUCGCUUUAUCGGGGGUUUUCAAACUAUUUAAAAGCCAAGGAAGCAGAAAUAUGAUGACGCCCUUAAUAGAGCCCUAUGAUUUCUGCGAUGUGGAAAACACAGACGGAGUCCAGUCAUAAAAACAGAGUUGACCGUAUAACACGGAACAGGCAGGGUUCCGCUCGAAGCCGAAGGUCAAAUUCUCGGACUUUCACGGACUAAAAAGCUGAGCUGAUAAUAUAGCUGACCUAUAAUGAACAGGAAAACAGGCCGCUGUUGUGCCGAGCACUUUUUUUGCUUUUAUCCAUUAAAUGCACUUUGAUAUUUUUAUAGGGUAAACGUACCUUAAACUCACCGAAAUCUACACCGAGACCUUUCUAGUGCACAAGAUACUGGUUUCAGUACAAACAGUUGUUAAAAUAAAAUAUUAAUCUCUCACACAAAAAUAUUUUAUUUAAUUUUAAAUGACAAAAGCAUUUCAAUUAAGAUAUACAUCAUUAAAUUCAAAAACUCUGGGUUCAUUUCUGUGUUCUUUCCACCCCUGUUCCCAUUAAACUCACAUCAUGCUUUAUUAAAACUUUGUUUAAGGAAAAUGUUUUAUUUGAAGGUAUAAAGUCAAUCACAAAAACAGAACACUAAAAUCAAGCAACAAGGCAUUCAAGUCGAUCAGUUAUAUAUUCAUAGUGAAAUGUCAUCUAAGCAACAUCUAAACUAGUCCAGCUAAAUAACACAUUCAUAAAUCAGAUAAAACAAACCAAUAAAACAUGUAAUUCAUGAGGAUGAACACAGAAACUAGCCUCGUUAUGAACCUCUUAUUUAUCUUUAGUCUCUUAAGGCUGGAAUACACAUGAUUUUCCUCAGAUUUACAGUCUGGAGAAGCCAAAGAUCAGAGCCGGUCUGCAGAUCUGAGCCACAGAAUCCAGAGGAAAUCAACUGACUUAAAGUGACAACCAUCAGUUGAUAUUUAAAGUGUGUUUAUGAAGUAUUUACAGACGCUCCGUGUGGAAGAGCUUAAAGAGAGCACUGAGCUUAAUGGAGCAGCAACUAUUUUUUAAUAAAUUUCAUGUAAUGUUUAUUAAAAUGACAGGAUUUUGCUAAAUAAGUAGUCUAGGUCAUGUAUUAAGGUCAUACAUAUUUUAAUAUGAACAACUAUUAUUAACAAUAUUUAUGAAAUUAUACCUUUUCUUAUAAAAUAAUAUGAAAUCUUUAAAAAUUGUAAAACGCUGUAAAACCACAGACCAGCAAUAAACGGUCAACUUAUAAUAUUAUGGAUGUAAAAGUACAAGCCAGUAAUGCCUGUGAAGUAAUAUGUUAGCGUAGCACACGAUCUUAUACAGCUAGUCCGCUAACUGUGUUCUGUAGCAUCUGCGCUGUGUUGCUGAAACUAUCUUUUGGAGCUAAUGUCAUUAUUUCUCACAUCCAAGUUCCAGGUUUAUAAUAUGCAAAAGUCUGAACAUUAAUCUCUUAGUUUUACAAUAAGUAGUGAAACUUACCCAAAAUAAGGGCUUAAACUAAAAAACGCACAUUUAAGGAGCUCCUCGUUUGGUGAAUGUUUUCAGACAGAACACAUGGAGACCCGUAUCUCAGCGUGCGAUGAUCUGAUGGACCUCAGAUUACAGGAGGAAUAUAGUAACAAACACCGCUGGUUAAGACCUCGAGUAAGAUAAUACAUUAUUUUUUCUUUUUAUAAUCUGAUCUCAAAAAUGGAAGUGUGCUUAAUAGGUACGUUUACCCAAAUUUUAAAUACUUAAAAGAUCACUGAAAUUAAUGUUUUAUUCCUUCAUUUGAUAACCAGAAAAAGUUAAAUACACAACACCAUUUCAAAAACAACAUUUCAUAAGGCUAUUUUAAGAAUAAAGUUGUUUUUAUGCAUUCAAAUAAUUUGGUAACAAUAUAACAUGGUGAGAAAAAAUUAAGCAUUUCAUAGGGUCCUAAACACGUCAUUUUUGUUCAACUUUGAAUAAAUUGAUGUGAAAUUGCAUAUGUUUCAUGAUUUUAAUUAAUUCUACUAUUAAAAAGGAGUCCAGAAAAAUUAAAAUGUGAAAAAAGGAAUUUGGAAAAAAUCCUUCCUUCAGUGUGACGUUAUAAAGACACGAAGCACAGGGUGAUAUAACGAUAAAAAUAAGAUCUGAUUUGUGUUUUCCACUCAAUAUAAGAAGAUCAUUUUCAGAUCAGUUCGUAUGUAUUUCUGUGUUGUUGUUCUGUCAUUAUUUCGUGAAUUAAAGUUUGAAAACCCCUGGAUGAGCUGAACGUCCCUCAGAAGAUCAGACAUCAUCAGACUGAAGUACUGCUGUCAGACCAUUCAUCACAUCCAAAAUAAACGCUUUGUUUACAUUAUACAUGAGUGUGCACAGUGUAUAUAUAAACACACACACGCAUGUAAAUAUUUAAGAAAAAUGUUUAUUUUAAAUAUAUUUAUAUUUAAUAUAAAUAUAUACAUGUAAAUCCAUGUAAAUAUUUUCAAAAUAUAUACUUUGUGUAUUUAUACAUAAUAAUAGUACACCGUACAUAUAUAUUAUAUAAGCAAAAACUUAUUUUGGAUGCUAUUAAUGGUUGGACAGCACUAGUGUACAGUAAUUAUAAUGUGUGCAGUUUAUAUGAGUCUGAUGUUUGUAGAUAUUUGUGUGUAGCGUUUUUUAUUAUUUUCAGUAUUUUUGUGAGUGUGUUGGUUUGGUGUUCAGACUGUGAGCAGAUCCUGAAGUUAAACACAGUGACCCUGUGUUUAAUAAUCAGCCAAUCAGCUCCUGAUAAUCAUAUUUUAGAUGCAUGAGAUUCCAGCGCCACAGAGAAGCACAGCAGUUCAUCUUCAUCUCAAACACCUGCGUUUCUCUGCUGCACGGACUCAGUGUGAAUGCACUAAAUGAUUGUUUUAUAUUAUUUUUCAUAUUUUUGUACUGAAUGUUAAAGAUGCUCCAAAGAUAUGAAAGCAAUGUUUACUUUUUUCUAUAAAACCAAGUAAAUAAAACCAUUUUGC